CAGAAACAGUAGGGCAUGUAAGACGUCCAGCUAACCAAUCGGUGCCCUACGGCAAAGGCUACGAAGAUGCACACCUAGAUCGGGGACGUGUAGGCUUUUCACGUGCAUGCACCGGGUGACGUCUCUCCAAGCUGAUAAACUGCAAGCAGAAAAAGACUGAAAAGGUCAAGAAAAGGGAAAACGUUCCAGGACGUCACGACUUCCGAGCAAUCAGGUCAAGCCGUCCAGUCCAAAAUCUCUUUUUCGUCACCUGCCGGGUGAGUUUCGUAGCUAGUCUUCCUUGGCCCUCCACCCGUCCACUGUGCGCAACGGAACGCUCUCGAGCAGGCUGUGCGCUUUGCAUGGUGUGCAUGCUGGCUACAAUUUUCUCGCCUAAAUUGUCUUGGACGGGUCGGCAGCAGUGAAAUUGUGAGUGGUUUACGUUAGUAAGUACCAUUCGGGGGGCGCCCCUAUGACACAGUGCCUGAGGUAGUCACGAUUACGACGAUAUUUCAAAGAGAGUCUCCCUUCCCGGCUGGCGGACAGAGUCUUCGAUGAGAAAGGGAUCUGUGCUGCCGUUUUAUGUUUGAAGAUCUCCUUUGUUGAUGGCAAGGGAGUGUUCAGAGUUGAACACACGACUCCAGUCGUUGGACAUGUCAAGUGAAACAGAAGCUUCUAGGUUCUGUUUCACCACGCCCAUAUAGCGGCCUCAUUCUCCUCAAGAGUUGUCAAAAGAAAACGAAACGCCUUCGUUGUUCAAGCUUCUUAGAGUAUCAGCGACAUGUUUGUCGCUAUUGUGGGGGCUCGUGAAUCGAGGACGGUUGCGGUGCCACGUGAAUUGAACUCGCUGUGACUUUCCGGAGUCCCCGAAACCAGAAGACGUCGCUUUCCAGGAUCUGCAUUUUCCUCGCGUGUCGUAUAUGCUCUGUGUCCUUUUUUCGAGAUCAGCGUCGGCCCCGUGAAAUGACGCAAAACUCGCAGUGCUCCAUAGCACCGUAGAGCACUUGCCCUCAGAUCCCUGUUCGUGUCGACUUGGUCUGCUUACUUGCAUCUCCAACCCUGAGUGUCACUGCCCUUUUCGACAAUGCGCGGCAUUGGUGCCAUCCCGCUCGGCUUCCUAUUUGGGGCUGUCUUCGUCUUUCCCCCAUCCUGGACAGGAAAUAGUGCUCCUCCAGGGUCAGCUCAGCAGUCGUUGACCUUUAGUUAUGAUGGCGCUGCUUUCAGCAUACCGUUGCCCGCGUGGACUGUAGCUGACGGUCUGUCUGACGUUCCAAAAGUCAACUCAGAGUCGUCUAGAGGCGGUGACGCCAAGGUCGCGACGGAGCCCGAUCGCGCCGAGGAAGAAAAUAGCGGAGCAUGGCAGGGAGUGACGGAGGCCCUCCCUGAGCCACUCCACGAGUCAGAAAUCCAAGCACAAAACGAUCUGUCCCUGGCACUUCUCAACUCGAAUCACAGCAAGCCUGCGACAAACAAGGAAGACCAGUUUUCGCAAUCACAAAGUGAUGUGCCCACGGCGCUUAGAAACGCGAUUCAGAGCAAGCCUUCGACAGGAAAGAAAAACCAGUCUUCACAGUGGACUGCAGUGCGCAGACGCCGUUCGCAACACCAGGCAACGCAGCGAACGCCUCACUUGAUAUCAAUCGAGACAGCUGCGCUGGUCUCACUAGUCAGUUUGAUCAUUUUAGUAUCUUACCGCCCAGCUCCGGAGGCACUGCGGAGACAAAAAGCGGCCAUUGAAGACAUGGCCGCUAAGCGGAUGAGCAACUCGUUUGUUACCACGGCGCUUCAAGACAGACGUGCUGCUCGGGUGGUGAUGUUUGUCUCCGUGGCCGCGGCUAUUAUGGUAGCCGACGCUCUGAUGAACGCCGUAGAGCAGUGGGACCGUUCCUGAUCUCGCGCGGUGUAAUGAGUGCGUAGAUUGCAAACGAUUUUUUGGGGGCGAUGCACGCUUGUCGGAGGUCUCCUUUUUCACUUGUAAGAUGUGAGAGGAAAGUUGCAUCGCAGUGGCGCUUGCCUUGCACAGAUUCUGUCUACGGCAAGACGGUAGAGCCUUGAGGUGUGCUUCGUGAUGCUGAGCAGCUAGAAAACACUGCGCAAAAAUGCGACAGAUCCGGACGGGGCGUGUGAACCCACGUUUAGGCUGUAACCUGUGCUUUUCUUGCAAUGCCGGCAUGCGGGGGCUUCAAUGUGUGCGAUUCGGGCGAUACCCGUUCGGAGAAAGGCGGCCGACUGUGCCGCUCAAAGGAUUGUUAGUGGUGGAACAGGGGCACCAGCCACUGAAGCAGCUUUUCUUGCUAAACGUGAUCGUAGAGAAACUGCGGCGGAAGUGCCGCAGGCUGUUCACAGAGAUCCGACAGACGCUCUCGCGAAUUCGCUGUGCAGCUGAGAGGUAAUUCCUUGAGCAACGCUCAUUCGCACUGAAUCGCCUAGCGACAGCGCUGAUGGCCGCGGGAAAGAGCAGGAACUAGAACUUCUCCCCCGGUGGGCACAGGGCUGAAAUCGCAGCCGCCUCAAAUCGGUGCGAGGUCAAACCGGAAAAGUUGUGAUGUUGCCAGUGUUUUCCUAAUCCGCUGAUCGUACCGAUUCUGGUGGUACUGGCGUUCUUCUUAGGGGCAGAUGUUCUGCGACAUGUCAAAGAGAAAGUUGCCGAGUCGCUCCUGGAAUUGCGCGUUCCACCCUUUGCUAGAGACUCCGUUUGAAUGAGGUUACACGCUGCUGAUCCCGUCAGCUUUGGACUUUGAAUGGUUUUGAUUUGCCGGUGCAUUUUAUUGAGGACACCGUGUGUGUUCUUCUCGUAAGUCAGAUUUGAUGUAUGCUAGUGGACACGCGCAGACAGGUGCGUCCAAGUUACCGGUGUGUGUCUACCGAAAUUGUGGAAGAUGCUAUUUCUCCAUAAGUUAUGUCCAUUUGUUAAAGUUGUGGGUGGUGCGGCAGGUGAGUGUAACAACUAGUACAAGAAAUGAAGGUUUCCUCGCG